AUGAAGUACCUGGACGGGCUUGAAAGGCGUCAAGUUGCCGGCGAGUAUUUCGCGCCAACUGGAUUCUAUGAAUAUACUAAAAAUCUACCUUUUCUCGGCUCGGUGAACAGCAACAUUGAGACUCUUGUAGCUGGCGAAUGGACCGAAGUCGUCAUUGUGUAUGAAGUCGGUGCUUCCGGUCUGGCAGAUGGCGCGUGGAUCAAGGGAACCUUCAAAUUCUAUUCUGAUUGGGCUCUUUUCCAAACGUCAGACCCCUCUGCAGAUAAUUAUGUCAGUGCCGAGUAUACUGCAAACUCCCUCUUGCCAGGGCAAACACCGGCUACCGUUCAGUCUCUACGUGUUCGAUUCGACCAAAAGGGCCAUGAGAGACCCUUUCAAAAAGCAGUGAUCGUCGACAUACAGGAUGGCUACCUAAAUCCCGGAGAUCGUAUCAUCAUCCGACUAGGCGAUCGUCAAUUCGGUGGAAAGGGCACGAGAGCGCAGACAUUCGUCGAGUCUGGGUUUCGAUGGCGGUUCUAUAUUGAUCCAGUAGGCACCUCACGGUUUGCCCCUAUCCGACCAGAUAUAUCAUGGGACAUCGUUGCGGGCCCCGUCAAAAAACUGGAUAUUGUCUUGCCACGGCUUGUGCAGCCGGAUCAACCUUUUGCUAUUCAUGCCCACGCUGAAGAUAAAUGGGGCAAUGUCGCGAGAGCUACCCCAGGUUUGACAAUGAGCCUGGCGAUACGACAGACAGCGAAACCAGAAUGGCCACAACACCAAUGGCAUACAGAAGUUGCCAGUGGAAAGUGGUUGAAUGCCAUCUUUGAGAAUAUCAAGUUAGGAAAUAGUGACUAUAUUGUUGAAGUCAAACUCUUGACUUCUGAUGGCGCCGUUAUUGCUAGAAAUGAAACGUAUCUUACGGUUGACUUUAGUCUCAACAUUCCCAAGGUAUUGUUCGGCGAUUUGCAUGUUCACUCAGACGAUACAGUGGGUACGGAAUCAUCAGUUUACAACUUUUCGUACGGACGAGAAAUUGCCGGCUUGGAUGUUCUCGGAUACACAGCGAACGAUUUUCAAAUCACCCAGCAGAAAUGGGAAGCGACAAUAAAGCUUAUCCAAUCUCUCAAUGAACCAGGCAAAUUCGUCAUAUUCCCCGGUACCGAAUGGUGCGGAAAUUCUGCUGCAGGUGGUGACCACAAUGUUGUAUUUCUUGCGGACCCGGCGACGAGUCCGCCCGAGUUUCCUUACGACAGACAUGGAAAUGUCGCUCGCUCGUUUGAGUGGUCUGAAGAUGGUCCCGAGGAUCUUGUCCCGGGUGCAUGGCCACUUGAUGAAGUUUAUGCUACAUAUGCGCACGAUGCGGAAAAUACUCUUUUGAUUCCUCACGUUGGCGGUCGUCGAUGCAACCUCGCCUGGCAUCACCCAAAGUUGGAAAGACUGCUCGAGAUAGGCAGUGCUUGGGGACAAUUCGAAUGGCUUCUUCGAGACGCAGUCCGUCGCGGAUGGAAACUAGGCGUAUGCGCAAACUCUGAUGAGCACAGAGGUAGAUGUGGUGGAGGGGUGCCCGGUACCGCAGUCUUUGGCACACGUGGCGGAUUGACUGGAAUUUUGUCGCCAAAACUGGAUCGCAAGAGUGUUGCAGAUACAUUACGUGCCAGACAUACUUUUGCAACCACUGGUCAGCGACUAGUUGGCCUAGUCUCGGCUAAAGAGACAAACGCAAUCCAAGGCGAUGAGAUUGAACAGUCGGCACAAAGUCCUUUAGUGCUGGAUUAUCACUUCCUUGGUAAUAGAGGCUUUUCAACCAUCGAGGCCUUUGAUGCUUCUGGAAGAAUAUGGCAGCGCCAUUUCUGGUCUGAGUCUGAUAAGCCAGCUACCGUGCUUCGAGUGACGUGGGGUGGUGCAAGACUAUUUGAUCGUUAUCGUGAAGCUGUCUGGUCUGGUAACAUUGAUAUCGGGGGAUCUGCUACAAUUGACAGGAUCGAGCCAUUUGGUGGUCUGGACGACAACCCAGAAGAUCAAUCAAUCCAGACAAGCGACCGAUCUGUCAGCUUCAAUAGUCGCACAAGUGGUGAUGUCGACGGAGUCAACAUAUUCCUUGCUGAACCCUCGUCAGAAGUAUCAAUCACAGCGUCCGGAACGAUAGGCGGAUACGUCAAGGUCGGUGAUGCCCUGGCUGGAAACCCGCACAAAGCCCAACCAUCAUUCAAACUCGAGGCCUUAUGGGCUGAAGCCAGCAAAUUAGGGGGUGAGCAGAUUGAUAUUGGUGGAUCUGCCGAAGCUUUUGUUCGGGUUGAAGCUAUUCCCGAUAUCGAGCUUCCUCGGCGGGUUCAAGGUACUGUCGACUUUGGAGGGGAAGCUGGUCAAGAACGAGCGAUUUACUUUGUAGGCCGUGAGUGGAGCGGUGCUAAGAGACACGCAGCAGACCGCUAUCGCCUGCGGCUACACCGCGCUCGCUCCGCCGUCCUCACCUCCGACGAAUUGGUCGAAAUGCGCGCCGCCCAACGCACCUUUGAAGGCKCCUACAUCCGCACCGCCCUAUCGUCGUUCUCUUUUGCGCUCAUCGUUUUGAAGGUGUUUACAGCAGAGUUUUACGGUAUUGGUGCUCUCUUCGCGGUGUACGGCACGGGUGUGUUGAUAAUCAGUGUCUAUCGUCGGCAACAAGGCAAUCGACAAUUUUUCUCGGAAAUUGGAGAAGAUGGACUUCACAGACGCAAAUUUAGGACAAGUGGGAAUGCGGUUGUGUUUUUGACGGCGCUGAGUGUUGCUGCGUAUGCGAGUUUGAUUGGGUUGACGCUGAAGCUGUAG